ACAAAUCAAUCAAUCAAAGUAACAAGUGCAUACAAAUCAAAAUCCAUGACAAAUUCUUUUAAAAAAUAAAUUAAAAUUUGAUAAAAUAAUCGAAAUAAAUAAAUUCAAAUUGCAGAGAAAGUCUUCAAAUAAGAUUUGGAUUUAAAUUAAAACACUGAAUUAAAAAGAUUUAAAUAAUUGUUGUUAAAAAAAUGUCCUCCUCGAUCGAAUCAAAGCGAGUACAAUAUCGCAAAUAUUUGGAAAGAGCUGGUGUUAUAGAUGCCCUAAGCAAGGCUUUAAUUAAACUUUAUGAAGAACAAAAUAAACCAGAUGAUGCCAUACGUUUUGUAAGAAAAUUUAUGUGCGAAAAUUGUCCCGAUGAUACCCAGUUUGAUGCCAUGAAAAAUGAUUUAGAGGCGGCCUUAAAGAAAAUCUCAAUAUUGGAACAAGAUCUAGAAAGAUGUAAAGCUUUAAUCAAGAAAACUCCCGAAGAAGUGGCUGAAUUAUUGGAAACUGGUUUCAAAUCUCUUAGCGAAGACGAAGAACAUUCCGGAUCUCUUUUGCGCAAAUAUUUAACUCUUGAGCUCUUAAAUGAAUAUAAAUCAAUUUUCACCUCCGCCCCCGUAGAAGCCUCUUUAUUGGACUGCGUUCAGUCCGGUUUUGAACAUCAUGAUUCUUCGUGUGGUGUUUAUGCUGCCGAUCCCGAAUCCUAUGAUGUUUUUAAUAAACUUUUUGAUCCUGUCAUACGGGACUAUCAUGGCCAGCUGGACAAUGAAAAAGAACAAUUACAGCCCGAUACCGAUUUUGGCAAUUUGGAUGAUAUAGAAAAUCUUGAUCCCGAAAAGAAAUAUAUACGUUCUACACGCAUACGCAUUGCCCGUAAUAUUGAGGGAUUUCCUUAUUUUUCGAAACUCUCUGAGAAACAAUUCAAUGAGGUGGAGGAAAAAGUUAAAGCUGCUGUGGAAUCAUUUGAUGGUGAAUUGGCCGGUGCUUAUUUUAGCAUGAAAGAUAUGAGUGCUGAGACACAAACGGAAAUGGUUAAACGUCAUAUUUUGUUUAAGAAGGGUGAUGAGUAUCUACAGGAUGCUGGUUGUUAUCGCUUUUGGCCUAUAGGUCGUGGUAUCUUUCAUAAUCCGGCCGAGACAUUUUUGGUGUGGGUGAAUGAGGAGGAUCAUUUGAGGAUAAUUUCAAUGGCAAAGUGUGGUGAUUUGGGUGAUGUCUACAGUCGUAUGGUUAAGGCUUUACAAGAACUCGAAAAGAAUCUCACCUUUGGCCGCCAUCCCCGCUAUGGCAAUCUAACUGCUUGUCCCACUAACUUGGGCACCACCCUAAGAGCCUCAGUUCACAUACGCCUACCACUUUUGGCGCGAGACACCGAACGCUUAAAGACUUUGGCCAAAGACUUGAAUUUACAAAUACGUGGCACGGGUGGUGAACAUACCGCUAUAGAGGAUGGUAUUAUGGACAUAUCGAAUUGUAAACGUUUGGGUCUUACCGAAUAUGAGCUUGUCAAGUCGUUGCAAGAAGGCAUUAUCACGCUAAUCAAAGCAGAAGAGGAAUUAGAAACCAAGAAUUGAAGAGGAAGAGGAGAACCAAAAUGUCAAAUUAAAUGAAUGAAUUUAUGGUAUUGUUUUUAUUAGUUCAUCUUUUAUUUGUUUUUCGAGAAAGCGAAAAUUUAGAAAUAUAAUCGAAAUGUUUUGUGUAUUAAAAACUGAAA